AUCUGCCACCCGAAACCAUGUCAAACAAAAGAACCCUCAAGAAGCAUCUAUCAAGAUGAUCUGCUCCCAGUUGUGUUUCCUUACAGGUCUAGUCCUAGCGGUUCAUGCUGGACCAAUAUCACAACCUGCCGCCACAGAUCAAGGCGUUGCGGAGAGUUACCUCAAAAUGUUUUACAAUCUAACCGAUGAGGCUCCUGGUACCUUUCGCCGAGCAUCCACUGAAAUGAUUGAGAAGGUGAGACAGAUGCAGAAGUUUUUCAGGCUUAAGGUGACUGGAAAGGUGGACCAAGAGACCAUAGAGAUGAUGAAGAAACCCCGUUGUGGAGUUCCAGACGUUGCCGCGUACUCCACGUUCGGAGAGAGUCUCAAAUGGAGAACCAACAAGCUCACCUACAGGAUAGAAAAUUACACACCUGAUCUGUCGGUAGCCGAGGUGGACGAUUCCAUUAAUAAAGCCCUGCAGGUCUGGGCCAAAGUCACUCCGCUGAGAUUUACUCGUGUCAACAAAGGUGAAGCUGACAUCAUGAUCACCUUCGCAUCAAGAUAUCAUCGGGAUGCUUACCCUUUUGAUGGACCUUCUAACACCCUUGCUCAUGCCUUUGCUCCUGGCCCUGGAAUUGGUGGAGACGCACAUUUCGAUGAAGAUGAGACGUUCACGUUCCGUUCAUCAAAGGGGUUUGUCCUGUUCCUGGUGGCUGCCCAUGAGUUUGGUCAUUCUCUGGGUCUUUCUCAUUCAAACGUUCCCGGCGCUCUUAUGUAUCCCACGUACAGCUUCAAGGAUGUUGAUAGCUUCUCUCUGUCUUCGGAUGACAUCCAAGGAAUUCAGUCUCUCUAUGGUCGAAACACUGUCGGAACCCGUGACGUUCCUGAUGCAGAACCACCAACCAAUCCUGACGCUUGUGAUGCUAAAUUGAUCCUGGAUGCAGUUACAACUUUUAGGGGAGAAACAAUGUUCUUCAAAGACAAAUAUGUUUGGCGUAGCUCCCAAACACGUGCGGAGCAACAUCUAAUCCAAAGCUUGUGGCCCAACCUCCCAAAUAAUGUAGAUGCAUCUUAUGAGAGUCCAGUUCAGAAUAAAGUAUUUGUUUUCAAAGGUAAACGUGUCUGGGCACUUUCCGGCUACAAUGUUGUCAGGGGCUAUCCCACAUCUCUCAGCAUUCUGGGUCUGCCGUCAUCUGUGAGAGAAAUAACAGCUGCUGUCCAUGAUCAAAGAACUGGAAAAACCUUGCUCUUCACUGACAGCUAUUAUUAUAGCUUCGAUGAGAGAAGGCGCAGGAUGGAGGCAGGGUAUCCCAGACGAGUAGAAGAUGGAUUCCCAGGGAUGGCUGGAGUUGUUACCGCAGCCCAUUAUUUAAGAGGUUACAUAUAUCUCUACAGUGGGACAAACGUGUAUGAGUUCAGCUCUAGAAGAAGGCUUUACCGGGUGCUUCAGAACAAUCAACUCCUGCCCUGUGUAAAUAAAAACUACAAUUUGAAGUAACAUGAGUGUUUUCAAAACUGUAGCAUAACUUGAAUGUAUGUGUGCACGCUAUUAUUAAUCUAUUUAACAGUUUACUUAAAUAUAAAUGUUGUAAGAUUAUGAAUUUAAAAUGUCUGUAUUUUCAAAUAAACCAGAUUUCUUUGUUACCUAAAAGGCAUGUGAGAUUUUUUUUUUUUUUUCGUACUUGUUGACAUUAUAGUCACUGUGAAAUCUUUGCUUCUGGCAAAUUCAUAAGUGCAUGUCUUGACAGCACCUUGGGCAUGUAAAAAUAUAAUAAAAGGCUUUAUUAUUUUGGUGACUUACAGAUAGGAUAAAGGGUGUGCUGGAGCUCCUCUUGUAAACAGCCUCAGGAACUGCAUGUAUUUUCCCUUCAUUCACGUCAGGAUUUAGAAUAAAGACUUUUGCGUAGGCACGUGAUGUGCCCUGGGGAAAAUGUGAGAAGUUAUGUAACUCUAACAACAACUUUGCUACUGGCUAUAUGAGAUGAGUUAAUAUGUGUUGACAACUAUGGGAAACAGUUGAUUG